AGCACUUUGACCAGCCGACCCAUGAUGCCACUCUGCAGGACUUUGACCAGCCGACCCAUGAUGCUACUCUGCAGGACUUUGACCAGCCAUGCUCUCGUCCACAGCGUUUCCCAGAAGGGGCUCCCCUCCCCCGACACUGUGCUUACAUAGGUCAGGAAUACAACUACAUCAUACAAAAGGAACAAUGGCAUGGACUUGUCUGAACUAUGGCACACCUGCAGGAUAAAGGUGAGGUCCCCCUACAUCUGAUACCAUAAAUGAAAACCAAGAUCAAGUAGAUCCACAUUUUAUAAGGUCAAAACAAGUCAAUGAACAACUGAUGGUUUAGCGGCCACACUUUCACCAUGUUGACGAGGUUGCACCUGUAGACUAGUAGACUAUCCAGUGCGGCUCUGAGCCCAGUGACCCUAACCCAUGAUGCAGCGUAACGGUGGCGGGGUGGGGGCUGGUGGCCAGCCGUGGGUGCUGCGGCGCGUACGCCUCACCUGGCUCAGCUUCAUGCUCUUCUUCAUCCUGGUCUUCUUCCCGCUCAUCGCCCACUACUACCUCACCACCAUCGACGAGGCGGGCGGCCCCGACAAGCGCAUCUUCGGGCCGCGGCCCGGCGGUGAGCUGUGCGAAGCCAAGCACGUGCAAGACCUGUGCCGCAUCCGCGAGUCGGUCAGCGAGGAGCUGCUACAGCUGGAGGCCAAGCGGCAGGAGCUGAACGGGGAGAUCGUCCGGCUCAACCUGCGCAUCGAGGCGUGCAAGCGGAGCAUCGACAGCGCCAAGCAGGACCUGCUGCAGUUGAAGAACGUCAUCAGCCAGACGGAGCACUCGUACAAGGAGCUGAUGGCCCAGAACCAGCCCAAGCUCUCGCUUCCCGUGAGGUUAUUACCCGACAAGGACGACCCGGGGCUACCCCCACCCAAGUCUGCCCACGUCUGCCGCCUGCGCUCCUGCUUCGACUACGCCCGCUGCCCGUUGACCUCGGGCUUCCCCGUGUACGUCUAUGACACGGCCUCAUACCCCUGGGGUGAGUCCCUGGACCCGCUGGUCAGGCAGGCCUUCGCCACCUCAGUGAAGAGCAGCAUCUACGUGACGGAUAACCCCAGGAUCGCCUGUCUGUAUGUGGUGCUGGUGGGGGAGCUGCAGGAGUCUCCCUCCUCCCCCCUCCCGGCCCCCUCAGCGCUGGAGAAGCAGCUGAAGGCUCUGCCCUACUGGAGGUCUGACGGACACAACCACCUCCUGGUCCACCUUUCCAGGAAGUCCAUGACGCAGAACUUCCUGUACAAUGUGAGCACGGGCCGGGCGGCGGUGGCCCAGUCCACCUUUCUUGAGCAGCAGUACCGCGAGGGCUUCGACCUGGUGGUGUCCCCGCUGGUACACGCCCUCUCUGAGCCCAAUUUCCUAGAGGUGCCACCACAGGUGCCUGUCAAGAGGAAGUAUCUGUUCACCUUCCAGGGCGAGAGGGUGGAGUCUCUGAGGAGCAGCCUGCAGAAGGAGCCACCCCAGUCCUUUGAGGAGGAGAUGGAGGGAGACCCGCCAGCCGACUACGAUGAUCGCAUCAUCGGCACGCUUAAGGCAGUGCAGGACAGCAACCUGGACCAGGUGCUGGUGGAGUUCACCUGUAAGAGCCCGCGGCCCAGCCUGCCCACAGAGUGGGCCAUGUGUGGGGAGAGGGAGGAGCGGCUGGAGGUCCUCAAGGCCUCCACCUUUGCCCUGGUCAUCUCUCCCGGGGACGGUCAGCUAAUGGCCUCAGCGGGCAACGGCAUGAGGCUGUUUGAGGCCCUGGAGGUGGGGGCCAUCCCUGUGGUACUGGGGGACCACGCCAGGCUGCCCUACCAUCAGCUGAUCCAAUGGAGCGAGGCGGCCAUUAUGGUGCCUAAGCCCCGUAUCACCGAGCUGCACUUCCUGCUACGCAGCCUAUCAGACAAUGACCUGCUGGCCAUGCGGCGGCAGGGCCGCUUCCUGUGGGAAACCUACUUCUCUACCUCAGAGAACGUCCUGGGAACUAUCCUGGCUAGCGUCCGGACCCGCAUCCAGGUACCCCCCACGCCCAUCCGCGAGGAGCCCGCCCAGGAGAUCCCCCACAAGGUGGGCAAGAUGGCGGGCACGGACGCCAACCUGGCCGACAACGGCGACCUGGACCUGGGUCCAGUGGAGACGGAGCCACCCUACGCCUCGCCACGCUUCCUUCGCAACUUCACCUACACAGCGUCCGACACCUACCAGACCUGGAACCGAGCUCCGGGGCCUUUCCACCUUUUCCCUCACACGCCGCUGGACCCCGUGCUGCCCUCUGAGGCCAAGUUCCUGGGCUCGGGUACGGGCUUCCGCCCCAUCAGCGGUGGCACGGGGGGCUCGGGGAAGGAGUUUCAAGCAGCGCUGGGAGGGAACGUGCCCCGGGAGCAGUUCACCGUGGUCAUGCUGACCUACGAGAGGGAGGAGGUGCUGAUGAACUCCCUGGAGAGGCUCAACGGGCUGCCCUACCUCAACAAGGUGGUGGUGGUGUGGAACUCCCCCAAGCCUCCUUCAGACGACCUGCUGUGGCCAGACAUCGGCCUGCCCAUCGUGGUGAGUACCUUCCCCCGUCGCUGAAUACCAAACUGCCCAUUGUGGUGAGUACCUUUCACAGCCCCUGAAUACCAAACAUGCCCCUCCUGCAUAGUACUCAGAAUGAACAAUAUUAUUGAAUGAGAGAGAAUAUCUGAAAGGCCCCGCCCACUCUGAAAUGCAAACAGUGUAACCUCAACCUGUGAUGUGGUGCAGCAGUCUGAGGCUGUGUUGUCUUAGAGCGCACUUUAGUACAUCAGGCUAGCUCCUGGAGCUCAUUUCAUCUGCUCUCCCUGCUUCGCUUUGAAGCUUUCCUUACAACUCUGCAGGCCAGCCAGUCAAAUUACACCUGCUGAAAUGAACGGAAAUAGAAAAUGUGAAGUCCACAGAAAAGGUCUGGCUUUUAUAUUUUAUAGUAGAUGAGAAGUGAAACAGAAUAUUCAAGAACCCCAAAUUACAGAUUCCCUCUCUGCAGGGGGAUAUGACGGGAGGGUAGUUUAAUGAUCUUCUUGAAUGAAUAGCCUAAUUGGUUGACACAUUUUAAAAUCCUCUUAACUAUUGAUUGCUAAUAGAUCAUUCCAUACUUUCAUGUUUUUAAAGAGGGGUUAGUCUAAGAAUGUUGUUGAGAAAGAGGGGCUGUGUCGUUUGGCCCAUGGUCUACCCUGUGCUGUAGGCCUACUUUAAUGAAAUUCCACAUAGUUCACUCAAAUGAUGCACAACACACCGUUUUUGCUCUGUACUGAAAGUUCUCUAUUUUGAAAACUUGAUUGCUGACAUGCACACAUUUAUUGGGAUUGUAUUACCAGUGAACUAAUGAACAAAAUACUAAAAGUUUUUCAGUGAAGAUUCCUGUGGACUUCCAGUCUUUGCACUAACACUAGUUAGCAAUGGCUCCAGAAAAUACCUUAAACUUCCUUCAAACUGCACGCAGAGACAUAGAAAUGGUAUCAAUGACUUCAUCUGACUCUGGGGAAGUAGACAGAAGGGCAUUGCCAAGAUGUUGCACUAUCCCUUUAACAUUUAUCCUGUCCUGCAGGUGGUGCGCACUGGAGAAGAACAGCCUCAACAACCGGUUCCUGCCCUGGGAUGUCGUGGAGACGGAGGCCAUCUUGUCCAUCGACGAUGACGCCCACCUCCGCCACGACGAGAUCAUGUUUGGGUUCAGGUCAGUGAGUGGGGAGUCUGGGUCGGGACCAGCCAUUGGAUCCAAAGCCUUUUGUUUUGUGUUUAAUUGAUUUUCAAAGAGAUCCGUUUUUCUUUGGAACUCGGCAGACAGAUUAUCUGUCUACACAUAAUGACAAACGUGUGAUUCGACACUUAUUCCAAAAUAUUUUAAAAAUAUCUAACGUUCAGAGGGCUAAUAUCAAUUCAGAGGGCUAAUAUCAAUACUAUGCAUGCCAGUCUCUCUUGGCUAAAUGUAGAGGAGCGACUGACUGCAUCACAUGUUUUUAUAAGAAACAUUGUGUUAAAUUCAAAAUUGUUUGCAUACUUACAUACAGCACUGACACACACACUUACCCCACCAGACAUGCCACCAGGGGUCUUUUCACAGUCCCAAAAUUCAAGAAAACAUGCAGUAUUAUGUUGAGCCAGGAUUGCGUGGAACUCCCUUCCAUCAAAGAUUGCUCAAGUGAACAGCAAACCUGGUUUCAUAAAACAGAUAAAGCAACACCGACCUCACUGCAGAACGCCUCUCCCCUAUUUGACCUACAGUAGAUAUUGUGUGUAUGUACUGAUAUGUAGGUUGUGUGUGACGUUUUAAAUUGAUGUAGUUCUGUCCUUGAGCUGUUCUUGUCUAUUAAUGUUCUGUAUUAUUUAAUGUUUCAUGUUUUGUGUGGACCCCAUAAGAGUAGCUGCUGUUAUCGCAACAGCUAAUGGGGAUCAUAAUAAAAUACCAAUAAUAAUAAUAAUAAUAAUAAUAUGCCAUUUAGCAGACGCUUUUAUCCAAAGCGACUUACAGUCAACCCACACUGACAUUGAAAAGCAUUUGCAGCACAGUAGCACAGAAUAUACCACACAAAACAAACACAGAUCUAACUGACCCUGACAGAUCAACAAGAGAAAAAUUGACCAUGUUGACUUUUCAAUCACCACCCAAGCUAGACUUGCCUCACCUUGAAUAUAUACAGUGCAUUCGGAAAGUAUUCAGACCCCUUGACCUUUUCCACAUUUUGUUACGUUACAGCCUUAUUCUAAAAUGGAUUAAAUAGUUUUUUUCUCUCAUCAAUCUACACAUAAUACCCCAUAAUGACAGAUUUUUUUUAUUUUUUUAAGAAAAUGUAUACAAAAUAAAAACUGAAAUAUUACAUUUACCUACGUAUUCAGACUCUUUACUCAGUACUUUGUUGAAGCACCUUUGGCAGCGAUUACAGCCUUGAGUCUUCUUGGGUAUGACGCUACAAGCUUGGCACACCUGUAUUUGCACAAGUGGCCCAGCGUCGUCCAGGGUAGGGGAGGGAAUGGCCGGCAGGGAUGUAGCUCGUUUGCAACGCCAGGGUUGUGGGUUCGAUUCCCACAGGGGGCCAGUAUGAAAAAAUAAAUAAAAAUAAUAAUAAUGUAUGCACUCACUUAACUGUAAGUCGCUCUGGAUAAGAGCGUCUGCUAAAUGACUAAAAUGUAAAUGUAUUUGGGGAAUUUCUCCCAUUCUUCUCUGCAGAUCCUCUCAAGCUCUGUCAGGAUGGAUGGGGAGCGUCACAGCACAGCUAUUUUCAGGUCUCUCCAGAAAUGUUUGAUAGGGUUCAAGUCCUGGCUCUGGCUGGGCCACUCAAGGACAUUCAGUAUGAAAAUGUAUGCACUAACUGUAAGUCGCUCUGGAUAAGAGCGUCUGCUAAAUGAUAAAAUGUAAAAAUGUCCCGAAGCCACUCCUGCGUUGUAUCGGCUGUGUGCUUUGGGUCGUUGUCUGAGGUCCUGAGCGCUCUGGAGCGGGUUUUCAUCAAGGAUCUCUCUAUACUUUGUUCCGUUCAUCUUUCCCUCGACCCUGACUAGUCUCCCUGCCGCUGAAAAACAUCCCCACAGCAUGAUGCUGCCACCACCAUGCUUCACCGUAGGGAUGGUGCCAGGUUUCCUCCAGACGUUUCCUUCAUCAGACCAGAGAAUCUUGUUUCUCAUGGUCUGAGAGUCCUUUAGGUGCCUUUUGGCAAACUCCAAGCGGGCUGUCAUGUGCCUUUUACUGAGGAGUGGCUGCCGUCUGGCCUCUCUACCAUAAAGGCCUGAUUGGUGGAUUGCUACAGAGAUGGUUGUCCUUCUGGAAGUUUCUCUCAUCUCCACAGAGGAACUCUGGAGCUCUGUCAGUGACCAUUGGGUUCUUCGCUCCGUGACCAAGGCCCUUCUCCCCCGAUUGCGAAGUUUGGCCGGGCGGCCAGCUCUAGGAAGAGUCUUGGUGGUUCCAAACUUCUUCUAUUUAAGAAUGAUGGAGGCCACUGUGUUCUUGUGGACCUUCAAUGCUGCAGAAUUUUUUUGGUACGCUUCCCCAGAUCUGUGCCUCGACACAAUCCUGUCUCUGAGCUCUACAGACAGUUCCUUCAACCUCAUGGCUUGUUUUUUGCUCUGACAUGCACUGUCAACUAUGGGACCUUUAUAUAGACGUGUGUGCCUUUCCAAAUCAUGUCCAAUCAAUUGAAUUUACCACAGGUGGAUUCCAAUCAAGUUGUAGAAACAUCUCAAGGAUGAUCAAUGGAAACAGGAUGCACCUGAGCUCAAUUUUGAGUCUCAUAGCAAAGAGUCUGAAUGCUUAUGUAAAUAAGGUAUUUCUGUUUAUUUUUAAUACAUUUGUAAAAUGUUCUAAAAACCUGUUUUCGCUUUGUCAUUAUGGGGUAUUGUGUGUAGAUGAGUAAAACCAAUUAAUUUAAACAAUUUUAGAAUAAGGCUGUAACGUAACAAAAUGUGGAAAAGGUCAAGUUGUCUAAAUACUUUCUGAAUGCACUGUAAGUGCCAUAUGUAAAGCUAUAUUCUGGGAUAAAAAUAAAUAACAAAAUGGCCGAGCUAGGGAAAUGUAGCCCCUCUCAAAUCCAUAGACGGCUCUCUAGAUGCAAUGACUGAACAUAUUUUUACAAAAUCUUAACCAUAUUUUGAAGCUAUACAUUGUUUACAUUCUUGCUGUUUGUAAACAAUGGAGAAAUAAAACAUUAGCCUAUAUUUUGGGUUAUGGUAAAGACAGACUGUUAUGCUAAGUCCAUGAGGCAUUUAUAAGUUACAUUCUUCAAGAAUAAAUGGGUAAAUAUCAAUAAUUUAAUUGACCAUCGAAGAGCUUUAAAUCCCAGACUGUAGCUUUAAUGACAGUUUAAAGCCUAAGUGGUGGUUUGUGAUUCUGUGUACAGCACUCUGUGUAUCAUCUAAAGGUUAGCCACUGCAGCAUGUACGGGCAGGCAGAAUGCUGCACUGUAUGAAUGGUGUCAUUUGUCAUGAAUUAUCCUGAACUAUCCUGGAGUGUUUCUCCUCUCCUGGAAUGUUUCUCCUCACCUAGAACUCUCCUGGAACUAUCCUGGAAUGUUUCUCCUCACCUAGAACUCUCCUGGAACUAUCCUGGAAUGUUUCUCCUCACCUAGAACUCUCCUGGAACUAUCCUGGAAUGUUUCUCCUCUCCUAGAACUCUCCUGGAACUAUCCUGGAAUGUUUCACCUAACCUAGAACUCCCCUGGAACAAUCCUGUCAUGUUUAUUCUCACCUAGAACUCCCUUGCACCUAUCCUGGAAUAUUUCUCCUCACCUAGAACUCCCUUGCACCUAUCCUGGAAUGUUUCUCCUCACCUAGAACUCUCCUGGAAUGUUUCUCCUCACCUAUAACUCUCCUGGAACUAUCCUGUAAUGUUUCUCCUCACCUAGAACAACAGCUCCACUGAUAUAGCAUGCAUGUAUAUAUCAGUGGAUUGAUAUAGCAUGCAUGUAAUGGGAAUGUGCUAGAUCGCCAAGGAAAAGGUCUGAUGUUUGAUAGAAGUUUAUACUUGAUGUGUGUGCGCUUUUGGAGAAUUCCUGUGUUCACACUACCAGAAGUAGAAAUGUAGAUAACUCCAGAAGAGGUGUGUGCAUGCAGAGAGGACACCCCCUCAGAGAUGAGGGCGGGUGGAGUGUGUGGGAGAGAAAUGAAUGCACAACACAUACCUCUAUACAGCUCUUCUCCUUGUUGUCAGCUAAAUUAUUUUCAUUAUAGGCCUUCAUGUACAAUACAAUAUGUGUAUAUAUAUUGUGGUCACAUUGUGGUGGAAUUCUCCUCCACUCAUUCUGCCCUGUAUAAUGCUGACUUUUCCUUUCCAUCAUUGAAUCAAACUGUAUAACUGUCUAUCAGAGUAUGGUUAGUAACUCUUGCCUCUCAGUCUGGUUGUGGGUUUUAUAGUAUGGUUAGUAACUCUUGUUUCUCUCUGUCUCGUGUUUAUCAGAGUAUGGAGGGAGGCCAGGGACCGCAUUGUGGGCUUCCCUGGGAGGUUCCAUGCCUGGGACGUCAACCACCAGUCGUGGCUCUAUAACUCUAACUACUCCUGUGAACUGUCGAUGGUACUGACGGGCGCCGCCUUCUUUCACAAGGUACAGCCCCUCCCCCUCUCCUUCCCUCACUGUCAUGACACCAUUCAACCCUGUGACCCCUGACCUCUAUGCUACACAUAACUCUGUUUGCUGCCAACUCGCCUGUCUUCUAGAAGAUACAUCACCUUCCUCUUCACUUCGUUUUCUCUGACCCCCUCUUCUCAAUGCACCUGGACCGUGUUCGGUAGGCACCAAACAUAGGAAAACGGACUGAAACAGGGAGGGAUUACUCAUCCAAUGUUUCAAAACGUUGUGUGCCCUAAUGAACAUGACCCUGGUUGAUCCUCUGCUUCAUGUUGUGUCUCUGCUGCAGUACUAUGCGUACCUGUACUCGUACGUGAUGCCCCAGGCCAUCCGCGACAUGGUGGAUGAGUACAUCAACUGUGAGGACAUCGCCAUGAACUUCCUGGUGUCGCACAUCACGCGCAAGCCCCCUAUCAAGGUCAGUGGGCCACGCACACACACACACACCGAACGUACACAUUUUGAACAAACACAUACGGAACACACACAGGUACUCUCAAAAACACACACACCCCGGGCACUGCCUAUUUAUAUUUCUGCUCACUUAGCCCGACCAUUACUCAACCUGACAUGUUCAAUAUACUGUCGUGAAUUAUAAUCAGAAUACAGCGAGAUUGAAUUGUUGCCCUAAGCUUGCGUUUCCCUCUAAAUCUAUUUGCAAGACAUGUAUGACUAGUAUUUACAGAUUUAUGGCUAGCGGAGUAAUUAUACCAACCAAGCCAGGGGAAGUUGUUGGGACCCUCGGUUUUAGCCCGUUUGAUAUACAGAGGCUUGAUUCGGAGGUGUUUCUUAGAAUUCGUUUGGGAAUUAAGGACCUGCUUUGAUGGAGUGUGUGUCUUGACAGGAAUUCCCUGGUAGGAAUAAGGCUGGUGAAUAGUGCAUGUAGUGGAAGUAAACUCCUGUAACUAAGUGACUUUAAUUUUUCUGGAAAAUCGGCCUUAAGAGAUGCAGUAAGCCUCAUGCCCUCUUUUAUGUGUCGCGGACAAUUACAUUUGACAUUUGUCAUUUUGCAGACACUCUUAUCCAGAGCGACUUUCAAUUAGAUUUGAAGUGCCUCUCUCAAGGGCACAUUGACAGAUUUUUCACCUAGUCAACUCGGGGAUUCUAACCAACGCUCUUAACUGCUAGGCUACCCACACAAUUCUGGAUAAGCUUUAUGUGCAACACAAUAUUAGGAGGGUGUUCCUAAUAUUUGGUAUACUCUGUACGACCAUAUGUUACGACCGCAUGUUCACAGUAUCGACAAAGCAAUUAAAAUGGUUGUAGCAUUGUAAUUAGAUAUGUAUACAGACUCACACCUUGUCUCACACACACAGACACACAUUCCCUCUCUCUCCCCAUCUCAGGUGACGUCUCGUUGGACCUUCCGCUGCCCCGGCUGCCCGCAGGCCCUGUCGCACGACGACUCGCACUUCCACGAGCGCCACAAGUGCAUCAACUUCUUUGUCAAGGUGUACGGCUACAUGCCCUUACUCUACACGCAGUUCCGCGUGGACUCUGUGCUCUUCAAGACGCGCCUACCCCAUGACAAGACUAAGUGCUUCAAGUUCAUCUAGCCCAGGGCUAGGCCCAGCUAAGAGCGUUGGGCAGAACGGAGCGAGAGAGGGAGGAACUCGGGCAGGACGGAAGAAAUGAGGAAGAUAGGACUGGUUUUGAGAUGGAGGGAGGUUUGGGGAAUGGAUCUAGGAUGUACAAUAAGAAGCCUCUCCAGUGAAUAGGCUGAACUCCCUUUUUUCUUCCUCAUGUCGUUCAUGUGUGUUCCAUCAGCAGCUACUACAGAUUUCAUUUUGCACCAUUUUUUAUGGGCCUGCAGGUAACACUGCCUACCCAAGGACAGCGACUUAACUUGACUUAGCUUGCGAGCCAAACUCAAACUGGCAUUGUAAACAGACUGGUUUUAAGAUGACACAGGGAGAGAAGGAGAGACAGUGGACGGUCAUGUGGGCCAGCCCUGAGCUCCUGAAGUUCACCUUUUGGGAGAGAAACAAAGGGGCAAAGGUAUACCGUUUGUCAUCGCACAAAUACUUUUGUUUUGUUGUUUUACACAUUUUUUUAAAAACUCAUUUUACAUGUAUUUACUCUACUCUUGUUAUUGAAACCGUGAGAGAAGCACUGAUGGUUGCAGAAGUAAAAACAUUUUUUUUUAUGUAUGUGGUGUUUAAUAGUGUAAAUCUUGAAGUGGGAUGAUUAGUCGUCACCAGAACCUCGUCAUUGGCAUACCCAUAGAAAUAUAAUCACUAGAACGGGCAAAGCCCCUCAGACCAUGUCAAUUUCACAGUAGAUUAUAUUUCUAUGGGCAGACCUAAACUGAGCUAACCCUGUCAUUCUGCCUUUCAAUGACUACAGAUGGAGACUACAGGACCAUUAUGCCACAAGCUCUACAAGUUUACCAGAAAAAUAUUUAAAAUAUUCAUAGGAAAAUGUAUUAAUUGGAAUGCCAUUUACCUAACACAUUCGUUAAGCCUACAGCAGACUACAAUGGCGUAAAGUCAGACCUUGGCUUUUUUGUGACUUUUUGGAUGUUAGUGGUAUUGGGCUACCAAUGGUUAUUGUUAAAUGACUGAGUAGUCCUAAUUAAGUGUUCAGUUAUGGAGUAGGGUGACGUUGCCCCUAG